CUCAACGCACAUCUGCACCACCCUUAUCCCACGGAGGAUGAGAAGCAGCAGCUCAUGCGCACGACUGGACUUCAGAUGAAUCAAAUCUCCAACUGGUUUAUCAACGCAAGGAGACGUCAGGUACCCAGCUUGCUUAGAGAACGAAAUGCCGAGAUUGUCGACCCAACUCGGCUCAUUACCAGCCCCAACAGGAGAUCUAGGUCUUCGUCUAUCAGUGACGGCGAUCUUUCUUCAAGCGAAUGGGGGCCUGACGCUCAAGGACAGGGCGAUUGGGCAAGCAGGCGCCGAAGCCGCAGCGUAUAG